AAGUACUAUCAUGAUCAACUCUGGCUAUUUACAAAUGAAUCUUCGCUCAACGAAGUCAUCCGACUGUUCGACGAAUGGGCAGAACAAUAUGAUCAGGUAACACGGAGCGUUGAUCAUUAGACAGGGAACUGGUGGUACAAUAAAAAAAAACCUGUCGCUAGCGUCACAUUACUUUUUUUGUUUUAUUUCAUUCAGAUCAUGCAGGAACCGAAUACAAUGUACCUCGGCCGUUUGCCAGGCACUUCGACGCUACAGUGUGCAAUCUGUUUCCAGAUGUCGACAAGAAAAGUUUUAAAGUUCUUGACGUGGCGGCUGGAACAGGACUGUUGGGUUUAGAAUUAAACAAACUUGGAUAUACUUAUAUUGACGCCCUUGACAUGUCACAAGAAAUGCUAAACAGAGCUAAAAACAAGAAAGUUUACACCAAACUCAUCUGCACUGCCGUAAAUGAUCAGCAGAUAAACGGUAUCGAGACCGCGGAGUAUGAUGCAUUGACAUGCAGCUCUGCAGUAUGUGCUGGGCAAGUUCAACCUAGUGCUUUUAGCGAGAUGCUAAUGAUGGUGAAGCCUGGUAAGGAAGGAUAA